GCGGCAUGGCUACCUGUGUACCGCCGACAAAUGACUUGAUAGUUUGUCCCAUUUGUUUUGACGUUUUUCGGGAUCCAAAGACACUACCUCAAUGCUUACAUACAUUCUGUAAGUCUUGUAUCUGUUCAUAUGCAUCGACAACCUUGAACAAGAUCCUAGGAAAGACUAACUUUAUUUGUCCCGUUUGCCGGAAGUGCUACGACAACGUGGAUAACAUUGAUGCAUGGUUAGAAAACUUACCAAAUAACCAUUUAAUUGUCACUUUAAUUAACCAAGAAAAAAUGGAAAGUAAAGAGAUGUGUGACUAUUGCAAAAGGCAAGAAAAAAACGAAUCUGCAAAAUACUGGUGUGCAGAGUGUUCUGACAACCUUUGCGAAAAGUGUGCCAAGUUUCACAAGGUCAACAGACUAACUAUGGAACACAAGGUGUGUAGUAUUGAGGCCCAAAAUCAGACUGAGUCAUUCAGUUCUGUGUUAUUUUGUAAACAACACAGCAGCAGGAAACUGGAAGUUUACUGUUUUGAUCACGAGGAACCUUGCUGUCUGAUGUGCGCCACUGUAUCACACAGAAAGUGUGAAAAAGUCAGUAGUUUGGAUGAAUGUUCCUUAUAUUCCGCUGAAAAGGUACAGAGACUGAAAACAGAAUUUGGCGAACUUAAAAAAAGAUGCGAAUCAGAGGUAGCCCGCGUAGAAGAUGACAAGGCGAAUUUCAAGAAAGAAUCAAAACGCAUAGAGGCCAGAGUUAAAGGUUUGACUGAAGAAAUAAUACAGACCUUGAGAGACAAAGAAAAGGAUGCCCUUAAUGGUCUGGCAAAAACUGAGAAGGAACAGACACUGGUAUUACAGACAAAACUUGAAGAGUUACAGACUGUUCAAGAGAAGCUGGAACGAAGUAUUCAACUGCUCCAACAUUCUGAAAGAUUCAGCAAGAUCGCAAUGUUUUUAGAGAUCAAGAAGAUGGAAAAAGAAAUAUCGGAUAUCGAUUUACGAAUCAAAGAACUUAUGAAAAGUUACAAAAUACCAGUUUUAAACUUGCAUUUGAAUGAGUUUGGGCGAAGUUUUCAUUCGUCGUUAAAUUCACUUUGUGAAAUUGAGGUAAAAUUGAAGACUACUGGCAUUGACUAUCGGUCUGCAAAACUUGUGUUGGAAAAGUCACUGAAUGUUCAAGGAAGCUCUUGUCUAACGGAUAUUGAGGUUAUUAAUGGUACUCAUUUGGUAACGACAUGUCAGGUUAGUAAGAUGGUAUAUCUCUUGGAUGCGGAUGGUACCUUAUUGUCAUCAACUCCACUUCCUAGCACUCCCUGGGCUAUAGCACCUCUCCGAAAACAUGAAUUUCAAUUCUGUGUCACAACGCAAAAUCCCAAUCUUGUUGGUAUUUACAAAGCAGAUAUUCAAGAUCCUUGCAUUACACGUUGUAAAGAAUUACUUUUGCCCAAUACUGCAUGGGGUAUUUGUACAUUUGAAGAUAAAAUCAUCGUUUCCUUUUGGGAAGCGCAAAAUAAACAAGUAUUUAGAGUUUAUGAUGAAGAAGGAAAUUAUAUUAAAGAACUCCACUCGUAUGGUAAUUCAAGUUGUAACGGAAUCCAUGCAAUUUCAGGGAGAUAUUUGUUUUACACUGUUAACACUGACCACUCUGUUCACUCGAAUGAUCUCAGUAGUGUUAUGG